UAUGUUGAUUAGUAAGGUAAUUUUUUAGCUUCACCUUUUCUGUUAAAUGCAGGAUUUCAAACCCUAGAGGAGCUAUAUAUUAAGACAUGGUUGCACAGGUUUGCAGAAAAGGUAUCCUGUGCAUUCAUGUUGAUAAGUAACAUAGGAGGGAGCCAAUAUUCAACAAAAAUAUAUUGCUGAGAAGGUUUCUGAUUUACUCAAGAUUGGGUCGAAUACAUUCACAGGUUUUGCUGUUUGAACCCCAAAAUGCCAAAGCGAAGAACGAAGAAAACCGCAAAAGCAACCGAAUCUAAAGCUGAAGAUGAACCUCAAACUCGAACGCAGGCGUCUCAAUUCAUGGACCUCGAAAUCCAAGCGAUGGAGCGACAAAUUGGAGCGAUUAGGGCGGUUCGCGACGUGGAGAUCGAGCACUUGCUGACGGAGCUGCGCUUCUUGCGGUCGCGUUAUAGCAGCGAGCAGCUUCAGAAACCGCUAUUUCAGGUUUUGGAAGAAACCCUACCCAACCUCUCUGUGGUGAACGACGAGCGCAACGGGAAAGUGGAAGUGAAAUGGAGAGAGAAAGAGACUUGCAAUGACGUGCACGCUUCUUUGCUCCAAAGGUUGUCCAUCGCUUCCAUCCCUCGCUUCACUGGCUUUGAAUAUUCCACCAAUGCAGGGAGAAUUAGCUUUGGUGGUGCUGAUAACCUACAUUUCAAAGACAUUGUUUUGGAGGAGCCAUCUGACACUCAGACGCUAGCAUUGCAAGAAGGCCUUCAGACUCCCGGUGUGACUAGUCAGAGGUUGUCUGUUGGGAUGACACCCAAAACACUUAGGCUGCCCAAACCUGGGGAGAUGCUUCUUUCUGUCCAUGGAUCACCUCUAGGUGUUUACAAGGACAAUAACAUGGAAGCCAUACAUGAGUCGGAGGAGGGUUGAAUAUGCCAUCGGGGUCCGUUGUCCUCCAUGAACAAGCUCUACAAGUCAUUAUGUGCACUGAGCAAUACCAUUUCUGUCAUGAUUGUGAUCACUCUAGAUGACUACUUUAAAAUUAAUGGCUCCUUGUUAUUAUUUUUUCAGUUAGCAUUGCAGAUUUCCAGUUUUGCGAUUGACAGUCACAUAGAUGAUUUUGGUCUUGCUCCUUUUGUAAAUUUUGGAAUGGGAUGCAGCUGGAAGAGUCCUACAGAAUUGUCACACUAUUGCAGUAUUUUAUUGCUAAUUUGCAUUACGCGUAUGAAAAGGUUGUAAAAACGCUUUGGCACCGGAACUUUUUAAUCAAGCAAUAACAAUUAUUGAGAUUCUUCUUUUA